GUGUGACACCCCCAGCCCCCCCCCCCCCCCCGCCCCCUACUGUUAGCAAAGGCUGCUUCCCUCUUGUAGCCCAACUGUUUUACAACCUCUGGAUGUCAAGUCAAGCACGGGAAUGAGAUCGUUCCCCACAACAGGUUGAUGUUUCCCCGCCUCAGGGUUCAAUUCCAAACCGACCGCCUGAGCCAGACGGCCACCCUUCGCCUCUCUGUGAACAGGACAGACCACGUCCGGCUGAAUUGCGGCGCGGCGUCGUCGCCAUGGACACGGAGUCCGCCUACUCUGGCUAUUCCUACCACUCUGGGCGCUCACGGGGUUCCCAUCGGCACGGGGAGAAAAGCCGUGAUCGCCACAAGUCUCGCAGCAAAGACAGCCGCUCUGAAAAAUCAGUCACUAUUAACCCUGCUCCAGCUGAGCCACUGCUGGGUGACGCCGCUGUUCGAGGCGAGCAGGUCCAGGAUGACAACUGGGGCGAGACCACCACGGCUGUGACCGGCACAUCGGAGCACAGCCUCUCCCAGGAAGACGUUGUGCGCAUCACCAAGGACCUGGAGGAGAGUGUGGGGCUGGACUGCCGGCGCUAUUUUACGCUCACGCUCGCCGUCGUCCUGGGCCUUCUGGUCUUCCUCUCGCCGCUGGCCUUCCUGGUGCUCCCCCACCUCCUGUGGCCGGAGAAACUGCAGAGCUGCGGCACGGCCUGCGAAGGCCUCUUCAUCUCUGUGGCCUUCAAGCUGCUCAUCCUGCUGCUUGCCGUCUGGGCGCUCUUCUUCCGGCCGCCACGAGCCAGCCUCCCGCGCCUCUUUGUCUUCCGGGCGCUGCUUGCGGUUCUGGUGCUGCUCUUUGUGGUCUCCUAUUGGUUGUUCUAUGGCGUGAGGAUACUCGAUUCGCAGGAUGAAGACUACCAGGGGAUCGUGCAAUACGCCGUGUCGCUGGUGGACGCGCUGCUCUUCAUUCACUACCUGGCCAUCGUGCUGCUGGAAUUAAGGCAGCUUCGGCCCUACUACUCCGUGUGUGUCACGCGUUCCACAGACGGAGAAACCAGGCACUAUAACUUGGGACAACUCAGUAUUCAGCGGGCGGCGCUGGACGUAUUGGAGCGCUACUACUGUGACUUCGCCAUCCAUAACCCGGCUUUGCUCGUGGCCUCCAAGUCACGCGCCGCCAAACACCUGGCUGGUCUCAAAGUCUAUAACGUCGACGGGGACUUCCCCGCGGCCCCCGCCGAAGGUCCGGGGAACAACGCGGCCACAGGAAUGGCGCACUCGCAGUCCAGAGCCAUGAUUGCAGCUGCCGCCCAUUGCCGGGAUUCCAGCCACAACGAGCUCUACUACGAAGAAGCCGAGCACGAGAGGCGAGUGCGCAAACGGAGAGCCCGACUGGUGGUCGCCGUGGAAGAGGCCUUCACUCAUAUCAAGCACAUGAAGGAAGAGGAGCAGAAGAAAGUUCCGGGAGACGUGAUGGACCCGCGAGAGGCAGCGCAAGCCAUCUUCCCGUCCAUGGCGCGGACCCUCCAGAAGUAUUUAAGGACAACCAAACAGCAGCACUGCCACAGCAUGGAGAGCAUUCAACAGCACCUGGCUUUCUGCAUCAGCAACAACAUGUCACCCAAGGCCUUCCUGGAGAGUUACCUGAAACCAGGCCCGACUUUACAGUACAGCCGGGACCACUGGUUGGCGCGUCAGUGGACUCUGGUCAGCGAGGCGUCAGUCACCAGCGGCCUUCGAGACGGUACCGUCUUUGUCCUCAGGUGCACGGACUUCAACCUGGUGGUGUCCGUCAAGAAGAUCCCCUUUAUCCGCUUGUCAGAGGAGUACAUUGACCCCAAAUCCCACAAGUUUGUUCUACGGUUACAAUCAGAGACCUCCGUGUAGGGGUUUUUCUAGGUCGUGUCAAUUUUUAUUUUUAGAUUUGGACAGAAAUAUGAAUGAUCACAUGUACAUAUGGAGGGAAAAAAAAUAUGUUCUGCAUGUGAUAAGCCUAAAUCAACACUAGAUGGCAACGUUGGGACGUUUAAGGUUGCAAACUUCCGUUUCGAUUGGAUGGACUGGAUCUGAAUUUCUUUCAUUCUCUCAAAUGACCAAAAAGUAUCCACACAAGUCGACUCGUUUUGGAGUCCAGAGCCCAGUUACCACAUCGGCACAUCUUCGGGACUCAUGUCCAUCCUGCCUUGAGGACCAAGUUGGAUAGUUUUAGUUCAGGUGAGAAAAAAAAAAACCAAAAGUGAUUUAUGAUCACUGGAAUCGUGUGUUCAUGUCUCCGGAUCAGGGUUGUACGCUACCGCCCCCUGGUGAACAUUGAACGGAACUACUGAGUGACGAACGCUUUGUCGAUGCCAAUACACUGUAUCUGUUUGCGUGUACACAAACUGUAUGUAUGUAUGUACAGUAGAUAUGUUUACUUACAUCGUCACCUUCAUAAAAUAACGGCCUAUGUCAUUUUU